AUGGGGGAAGAAGGUUGUCGAGGAUGGAUUAAACUCGAAAUUCCAUGCUCGCUUCCCAAGAAACAGAUGAUUCCGAUUAUACGAGCGCAUACAACGAAACUGGAAAAUGCCCUGGACAAUUCGGACAUGACAAUCCAAACAAAAGGAGAAAUGCAGGCAGUCGAAGAGCAAGAUUGUGAACCGUUUUACGAGGCGAAUUAUGAGGUAGUAUCCGGUGGGUUCUCGCACCACUUGUUAUCGGUGAUUCAGGAAUACUUGAGGGAUUUGAAGCAGGACGGCAUGUUGCCGUGUCAACUCGGAAAUCUCGUUCUUCACAGCUCCGACUUUUGGUCUACCGAGCUGACGUGCCAUCUCGUUGAUAUUCCGCUCUCUGCAUUCUACUUCGGAAAUAUUCAGGGUGGAGUAUUCAUUAAUCAUUGGGAAGUCUCGUUUUGGAGAGAUACUUGGAGAAGAAAUGAUCUUCGUUUGAAAAAUCGAACGCUCACGAUGGCGGAUCGUGUCGGAUUAAAUCAGAUACGAGUGGAGUUCGAAUUUGAUAAAGUCGAUUUCAUGACCGUUCACUUCAGGCAUGAAGAAGAAAAUUUUGAAGUUACCGAUAAGGAUUUCAAGAAAACCAGGCAGACUGUCACUAUGUAUUAUCAAAUUACGGUUCGCCGCACCUCCAUCCGUCGUGUGAUUGUCGAUCCGGUGGUUUCUGAUGACCAUGGAUCCGAUCGAGUUCGUAUUCAUUUCGAACUCAAUUGUCCAGUUCUGAUCAGAAGAGCAUUUCGAACACAACGACAAGAGGCUGAAAGUAAACACGUAAUCCCUCAUUAUAAACGCCAUUUGAUCAUUAAUCAUGGAAGAGAACCAAAACAGUAUCCAACAUCUAAAGCUAUCACUGAUAGUCCAGUGUUUACCGUGGAGUUUGAUACGUCUGUCAGUCUCGCUGAGAUCUACCGUCUAUUGUCACGUCUUCGCAUUCGAACAGGUGUAUCCAUUGAAUUCGCCGACAUUCCAGCGAUUGAUUGUCUCAUUUGGAAAGACAAUCCGUAUCACAGAUGGACAUUUCAAAAUAGUCAACAACUACCGGCAACGCACUUCUCGGCCCCAAUUUAUAGGGAUUUCGUAGCAACUGCCUUCCCACCGAAACACGAAAUCUGCGGAUCCCGUGAGAUCGAUACGAAUCGCGAACGAAAAUUCGCCAUCACCUACCUACUUGAAUGCCUAAUUUCCCGUGGCGCUGUCGUCAAGGAUCAGAUUCUUCUGGUGGAAACCAUCUGGACUAAUUUCCUUGCAGUGAUUCUCCAUUAUUACAACAUGGAUGAUAAGUUGUGUGAAGCUGGACUCGAAGAUUUGGUUCAUAUGAUUGAUGGACGGAAACGAAUCGGAUCGUUGAUUAAAUGUUUCGAUCGAAUUUGCCAAACACGCCUGAAGAACAGCCUUAUCAAUGGAUUGACUUCUGAAGAAGUUCGCGAGGGAUAUCAGAGAGUCCGGAAGAUAAUUUUCACCCCGACGCGUGUUGUCUACGUGGCACCGGAGACAUUGAUGGGAAAUCGUGUGUUGAGACGGUACGACCGUGAUGGUUGCCGCGUUCUUCGUAUCAUGUUCCGAGAUGAUGACAAUCAGAAAAUGAGAACCAAUAAGACGUCGACACUUCUCGAGACAACAGUGCAUAGAUAUCUGCGGGAGGGAAUUACGGUAGCUGGAAAGAAUUUCGGAUAUCUCGGAAGUUCGAAUUCGCAGAUGAGAGAUAGUGGAGCGUAUUUCAUGGAGAAAUACUCAUCGGCACAAUGCAGAGAAUACGAGGAGAAAUACAAACUGAAACCGCCCAUCGAUUUCAAUCCGAAAAUUCAAUCGGCGCGAAAGAAUCUGGGAAGAUUCGAAACGAUUGAUAAUAUUCCGAAAAUGAUGGCUAGAUUGGGACAGUGUUUCACGCAGAGUAGGCUUUCCGGAGUGAAUCUCGAACGAUGUACAUAUAUAACCACGUUCGAUUUGACGGGAGGAAAAAAUGUGAAACGAGACGAAUACACUUUCUCUGAUGGAGUCGGUCUCAUGAGUCACCUUUUCGCAAAAAUGGUUUCAGAAGUGAUGGAUUUGGGCAAAGGAGUUCCGAGUUGUUUUCAGUUCCGUUUCCGUGGAAUGAAAGGAGUCAUUGCUGUAGAGCCUCUUCUCGACAAUAUUCGUCUGUGGUGUGUUGAAAACAAUGUUCCAGAAGUGUCAGAAGAAACAUCAUGGGGUUUGAGUUGUGUAUUCCGCCCGAGUCAAAUCAAGUUCAUCUCGAAACGACAUCCACGGGAUCAAGUGGAAAUUGUGAAAUACUCGGCGCCGGUUCCUGUCUCACUAAAUAAACCGUUCAUCAACAUUUUGGAUCAAGUCUCGGAAAUGCAAUCCCUGGAAUGUCAUCGGCGGGUUACAAAUCGAAUUGAGGAGCUGUUGGAUCGACAAAUGCUUCAGUUCGCUCAGCAAAUGGUUGAUGAGACUUUCUGUAGAAACCGGCUCAAGGAACUUCCACGUCGCGUCGACAUUGACUAUCUUCGUACAACCUGGGGAUUCACACUGUCAAGUGAACCAUUCUUCAGAUCUCUUAUCAAGGCUUCCAUCAAAUUCUUGAUCACACGACAGCUUCGAAAAGAGCAAAUCCCGAUUCCCGCUGAUCUCGGUCGUUCAAUGCUCGGUGUCGUCGACGAAACUGGACGUCUUCAAUACGGUCAAAUUUUCGUUCAGUUAACCAAAAACCUGGCGCUGAAGAUUCCACCGAAAACUGCUGCUCGUCAAGUGCUCACCGGAACCGUACUCCUCACCAAGAAUCCAUGUAUCGUUGCUGGAGAUGUUCGAAUCUAUGAAGCCGUCGAUAUUCCGGAACUUCAUCAUAUGAAUGAUGUUGUAGUGUUCCCACAACAUGGACCACGCCCACAUCCAGAUGAAAUGGCUGGUUCGGAUUUGGAUGGAGAUGAGUAUUCAAUCAUUUGGGAUCAACAGUUGCUGCUGGACAAGAAUGAGGAUCCAUUUGAUUUCACUUCAGAAAAACAGAAAUCGUCGUUCAAGGAAGAAGAGAUUGACGGUCUGAUGCGAGAUUUCUAUGUAACGUAUCUGAAAUUGGAUUCAGUCGGUACAAUUUCCAACAGCCACCUCCACAAUUCCGAUCAAUACGGUUUAAACUCACGUGUAUGCAUGGAUUUAGCGAAGAAGAAUUGUCAAGCUGUCGACUUCACAAAAUCCGGAAUACCGCCAGAGGAAUUGGAGAAAAAAUGGAGAAAAGACGACGAGACGGGCGAGAUGAUUCCACCGGAACGAGCAGAACGAGUUCCAGAUUAUCACAUGGGAAACGAUCAUAGUCCAAUGUAUGUUAGUCCUCGGUUAUGUGGAAAACUGUUCCGUGAAUUCAAAGCCAUCGACGAUGUGGUGAAAAUCUCCGAGGAGCGAGACGAGCAAAUUGAGAUUUCAAUAGAUCCGACGAUGACGAUUGAUGGAUACGAUGAGUAUAUGCAGAGUGCCAGAGAAGACUUGGCGAGAUAUAAUGCACAGUUGAGAUCAGUGAUGGAGAAUUAUGGAAUCAAAACGGAAGGCGAAAUCUUCUCUGGAUGUAUCGUGGACAUGCGUAAUCGAAUUUCGGACAAAGAUCAAGACGAUAUGUCAUUUUACAACACAAAUCAACUGAUCGAGACCAAAGUUUCCAAUUUGUUCAAAAAGUAUCGAGAACACUUUUUCGACGAAUUCGAUGGCGGAUGGCAAACGAAUACCGAAUGCACACGCAAUGGAAAUGAAACGAACAUUCUCCAACGACAGUGCCGUGCUCCAACUAAUAAAAUGAUGAGGAAGGCGGUGGCCUGGUAUAAAGCAUGCUAUGAGGAGGCUCGUGUCACUAGAGAGAACAAGAAGUUGUCAUUUGCAUGGUUGGCGUACGAUGUGUUGGCAUCGGUGAAACAGCAGAGCUGUUUGGCGGCAGAUGAGAUUAUCUUGGGUGGUGCAAAUCCGCUGUAUACAAUGAUGGAUGCUCAUAGAAAACAGUAUCUGAGUGAUAACUCCCGAUUGUUUGAGGAUUAUCGUCAAUUUUCAACAGAAUCAAAAGAUGGGAAACAAGUGAGAAGAGCGGUGAAAAUAGUUCGGAUGUAUGUUGAAGCGAUUCAAGGAUUGGACGAAGUUCUUUUUCUAUUGGAUGAAUGGGCUCGGGUAUCGAAACUUUUCGAUAAUCAACCGCUCCGAAGCUAUCAUUUCUCACUUCUUUUCAUUCUUUUCGCUACGAGGCAAUACUCAUCGGUUGACGGAAAUGCUGCCGCGUUUUUCAAGAAAAUUGAUGAGAAACAAUGGAAAUUGAAAGACAAUGAGAACGAGAUGAGUACAAUUCUGACAGAGAAGGAGAAAUCGACGAUGACAGUCAAAUUUUUGGAAUUCCUCGCUUCUCGAAAGUUCCGUAAAAUGCCGAAUCUCUCGUUCCGUCCGCUCAAUUUCUCGUCAAUCUUCAUGCGUGGCGAAUGGCAAAUCUUCCACGAGGCAGCACUCAAAACCUACUAUAAUGUGUUGUUCAAUUUGCGAUUCGAGGAGCUUCCCAUCUCCACCGACCCGACAGUGACGAUUCGAUCGAUUAUUCGGGAGAACGAGCCGUUUGUCAUUGAGUUACCGGUUGACGCCGACCGUAAUCUUGUCCAUCGUAAACUGAUUGAGCAUACGGGAGUUGAGGAGGUAUGCAUGCGAAACAUGGAGAAGUCAGUCCGCGCGUCUGAUGGGCCACAGAAAUCUAAUAUCAAAUACCUCGUGUCGACACGUGGAACUCUCGAAGCAAUGUACAAACUGCGUCAACUCGUCGCUGUCAAAGUGCCCAUCAAGACUUACGUGACAGGACAAGAUAUUUCAAUUCAAAUGGCUCGUCUGUGCUAUGAGAAGAUUAUCAAGGGACACAUCAACACCUAG